GACCACAUGGGGGAAGGCCCGAGCGACGCAAACCGUCGCGGAGAGGCGCGGGCCGGCCUCGGGCGCGGCUGGCUGGCUGACGGCUGGCCGGCGGAGCCCCCACUCCGCCCGCCCGGCUGCCUGCCUGGCUGGCGGCGGCUGCGCGCGCCGCGCGCACAGCGCCCCUAGCGGCAGCGGUGCGUAACAUCAGCAUUGCAGAUUGACGUUCGUUGAAGCACGGCGAGAACACGAGAUCGGGGGUGGUUAGGGGUUUUCGGUUUCGGCUAAUUUGAGGUAAUAACAAAUUGUCAACUUUGAAGUAACGAAUGGCGAAGAGGGGAUUAUCUAACUUUAGUUAAAAGUAUUACACUAUAAUUUUUGUUUACAGAAUGGACUCGUCCUUUUUCUUAGAUGAAAAUGGAAAUCGAUGUCCUUUCAUACCGCCGAAUGCAACAUCCACCCCACGCAAGAAACCGAAGUUAGACAAGAAAUCGGCCAAGUAUAUAUGCCCGCACUGCAGCAAGCCAUAUCAAGUAAAAUUUUAUUAUGACAAGCACGUUCAAAGUCACAACAGUCAAGUGACAACUUCUGACGUUGAUGUCAGUAGGGCGGUGCACCUUGACUGCAGUGAUCUGUCAUUCAGAAAUGUCGAUGGAGACACUAGCGUCAGCUCAACAAGCCUUUUCAAGCAGCCUACUGCUCCAGUCCAAGCUGCUAAAAAGAAGGGAGUGAAUGUGAAGCAUAAGAAGAAAGAGGAAAUGGUCUGCACUUAUUGCCUGAAAAAAUAUGUUUGCAGUAAAUCAUUCAAGAUGCAUAUGAGAGCUCAUUACAUACAGAGUGCUGCUGCAAGAGUUCCAAACGCUGACCAAAUUUUGGAGAAUACUGAGGAAUUUUCUGACAAAGCCAUGCUGGGGGUGGCCAAUAGUCCAAGUUUUGGUGAUUGUGGUGCGAAGUUCAGACAAUUAGUCGGACACAUAGCCUCUAUAUCAGCAAGUGAAGAGUGGAAAGAUUUUUGUCACAGUUUCUGCAGUGAAUUGGUGGACAGUAUUCGUGAUAAGAAGUGCCUUCUUCCUUCCUCAUUAGCGACCACUCUAAUUGAUAAACUAAAUAGUACACUGACAAAUGUCAAGUUUAAUGACUUAAUUAAAAUUCUGAAAUUAGGAGAUUUAUUUGAUAGUGAUGUGCUUGCCCAAUUUUUUUUAGAGUUUGGACUUAAUGUUAUGACUGAGAUGUUUCGUUACCUUUGCUCAACAUUCCGCAAAUGUUUCACCCGAAACAGACAGGCAGGGGAACCACAGGUUAAUAUUAGUAAAGAGGAUAGGCAAGUAGUAUACUACAUUGGUGGAUCAAUAAUGAGAGGCUUCCUUAAAAUAGCUAAAAGAUCAGGUAAAAGUGCAACUUGGAAGAAGGUGGCUGAAGUGCUGAAGGCAAAUAUUUUAAUUGAGAAACCUUCUGGAGAUAUUGAACCAGAUUCAGAGUGGACAAAGAGUGUAGAUAGGGGUAGUUUGCUCUACAUCAAUCCACCAUGCCAAGAAUUUUUUAUUAAACUGACUCAAUUGGUGUUUUCAAAAGAAAAGAGAAAUGGUUCUAUUGACUAUGAGUCUGUCAUAUCCACUGUUAGUAAGUCAGACUUGAGUGUUGAGUGGGACAGCCUCAUAUCAGACAGUUUAGAUGAAACGGUUUCAUUCAAUCUACUAAAUGAGAUAGUUUUGUGUUUUUGUCGUACUUGUGGCAGGGGCUUUGCCAAAAGAAGACUAAAUGCUACAAGGAAAAAAUUUCUUGUUUCUAUGCCAACUAGACAUUUAGUUGCAAGCAGAAAGAAGUGAUCUCAUUAUCUGUAUGUAUGUUCAGCCCGAAGAAUUGCACUAUAAUGUUCCUAAUGUUUUCUUUGAUUAUAUUUUGUUCCUUAUUUUAAGUAUUUAAGUACCAAGAUAUAUUUAUUUUGUUUUUUGAGGUACAUUUUAUUUUAUAAUUGUUUUUAUUCUUCUGCUGUGACUUGCAUCUAACUGCAUGCAUUAUGUGUGAUAUCCUAUUUUAGACAAGCAGACUCACAGUAGUC